CAAAUAUAAAGACUUAUGCUUCAAUUUCCAGCGUUACAUUAACUUAAUUAAUUUUAAGUGAUUUUAAAUGAUGUCUAUUAAAAAACAUUGUUUUUGUAAGAUAUAAUUAUGUGUUUACUAUUUCUUUAAAAACUAAUACGUUCGAACAAUAGUGAUCAUUUUGAUCAGUUAUCAUAUAAUAACCGAAUUUUUCAACCAUAAUAUUUGUGAACUGAACUUUUUGUUAUUUAGUUCUCAGUUUCUGUCGUUAAUGAAUAUUUCGCAUAUUUUAAUUUAACUGGUUAAAUAGAAGUACUUGUAUAAUUAUUUCAUUUAUUGAAAAUUAUUAUGUCUGACCUUACAAAUGAUAAACAUUAUCCUGAUUCAGUUGAAUCUACUUUGUUUGACGCUGGUAUAGCUGAAGGAAUAAAUAUGAAUGAAUCCGAAAAUGGAACUUCUGGCGAAGAAAAGGUAAAAGUUGUCAGAUUUAAACCAGAGAAAAGAUACACUAAAAAAGCAUUGUUGGAGUUACAAAAUUUAAGUAGUUCUAAAGUGCGCCCAAAAUUUUUAGACAAUUUUCCUGAAUUGGAUUUAGAAAAUUCUAAAACAAAAAAGGGAAAUAAGCCUACAACCAGUAAUAAAUCAAUAAAUAACACCAAAACAGUUGCAUUUGAUUUAACUCCAUGGCAAAAUCAACCAACAGAAAAUGGUGAAACUAAAUUAGAGAAAAAAUCACAGGAUGCUAAAGACCGCUUAAAAAAGGAUCAAGAUAUUGUUUUAAGUCCACAAAGACGUAGUUUUAAUUCGGGGUGUUUUGUUACUGUUAAUGCCAAUGCAUCAAAACGUUCAAAUAGUCCUUUGAACACAUCUGCAAAACAAUAUGUUGAAAGGGAACCUGUUCGUGAAUCACGUCGAAUAGGUAGUGGUAGGUUGAUGAGUAGAGAUUCUUGGGAGUCUGGUUAUCGUCAACAAGAUAAUGGCAUGGCAAAUAAUUAUACAUUUUCCAAAGGAACUUUCCGUGAUUCUUCAUCUCAUAAUUCAUUAGAACCUCGUAGGAAAGAUUAUGAAUUUGAUAGAGGAGAUUCAGAGCGAUUUAAAAAUUAUGAUCGUUACAAAAUAUCUGGAAAUUUUGAUAAACGUCGUAAUGAUUCUUAUCGGUCACAAGAAGAACCUGAAUGGAUGACUGAUGGUCCAACUUCACAACAUGACACUAUAGAAUUAAGAGGUUUUGAAGAUCUUCCUACAGACAAAUCUAAAAAACAAAAAAAAUCUAAAACGGCUGCUAGAUCUAAGAAAAAUUCUGUGGAUUCUAACAUUGAAUUAGCAACAACUACCAAAGGAACAAAUGAUAAGUUGAAAAAAACAAAAAAAGACAAAGAGGAGGAUAAAAAAAAGAAGUCAACAUCUGAUAAACUUAAUGGAGAAUCAGAUGAUCAAACUAUAAAAGAUUUAGAAUCAAUAUCUGGAAAUGAAUUCAUUCAAGCAUAUGAUGCUGAACAUAAAACUAACGAUAAUUUUAUGAAUGACUUCAAUAUAGAUGAUUUUUUGAAACCAGAUUACUUAAAUGAAAUGAUGCAUGUUGAAGGAGAAAGUGAUAGCAGUGCAGCUGGAUCACGAUUUCGUCAAUGGUUCACAACUACUCAUGAAAGCAGCCGAGCUUCAUCUGCAUCUACUGAAAUGCUGAAUUCUGGGAAUAAUAAAUCCAAUACUGAAGAAGACCCUCGACAAUUAUCUUCAUUGCUUCUCGGAAUGGUUAAAAACCAAAAUAAAAUAAAGGAGUCUAAAAACAUGACUAAUGCUUAUGAUUCUAUUUCAUCGAGUGAAAACAACAAAUUACCACCAGCUAUUAUGGAUGUUAUCAAAGCUAAUGUGACCCAAGUAAAUGAUUCUAAAGCUACCAUGCGUGUUUUAGAAACUAGUGGUAAAGUCCAUAGUCUUGAAGAAAUUGAGUCUAGGUUACGUAUGUCUGGCAGUCAACAAAAUGGGAGUUUACCUCAACAUAACAAUAGUCAAUUUAGUGAUGAAAUCAAUUUAAAAAAACUACAAAAUGCUAAGGUGAUUCAAAAUGAGCAUGAAAAUAAUGAUGGACGUCUUUCUAAUAGUUCUCAAAAUUAUUCUAUUAUGCAGAUGCUAAAUAAUGCUCAAACACCUCAGAACUAUAUAAUAAAUCAAGGACAAACUUCUUCUGGUCAAUUUAGCUCUUCCAAUAGCUACCGUUCUCAACAGUCUAAUAUGCAAGUUCCCAAUGAGUUAGUCAUGAAACUAAUGGAAGCACAACAGAUACAAAAACAACAGGAAAACAUCCUUGCUAAAGCUUUAACUGCCCAGCAACAAACUUAUAAGCUACCUGCUGAACUUCAAAAUAUGGUUAAUUUCUAUACACCAUCAAAAGAUGUAUUGCAUAACCGUGAAGCUCAAGAGAUGUUAUUAGGAAUUAAACGAGGUGAAGUAAUGUUACAUCAUUUGGUUGAUCAAUGGAAAAAAACAAAUCCUAACAAUUUACGUUAUCGUGAAACACUGAUUUGCUUAAUGAAAUUAUUUCAACAUUCCAAUAAUUCCCAGAGAAUGGUUAAUCAACAAGAAUUAGCUUACCAGCAACAAGCUGCAUUGUACCAAAGCCAGAUGUUAAAAAGACAAUUACUUGAUCAGAACAACAAACGAAUGGAAAGUGUUCAUAACACGCCAUAUAAUGGAGAAGUUUCUAUAGAUUUAAAUAAUUCACCAUCUCAAUUGCAACAGCAACCUCAACCACGAAUUGGCUUAACACCAACAUCAGUAUUACGUAAAAUGACUUCUACUUCAGAAACACUUAUAGAUAAACAUCAUAUUUCAGAUGACAGAGCUGCUACACAUCAUGCUUUACAACAUCAAAUUAAUACUUUACAACAACAAAUUCAACAACAACAAUUUAUGCAACAGCAACAACAGCAAAGACCAGUCAACACAACUAUUCAACAAAUAUUGAGUGGUAACUAUCCUAGGUAUCAGCAUGGAGUACAACAACAACAGUCUAAUAAUCUCAAUGGACGCAUGAAUUAUGGCCCCAGUGACAAGAAUCAAAUUGGCCGUGUUCAGUCACCUGUAAGUAAUCAACUUGCUCGUUGGUUUUCUCCUGAAUUAUUAGCUCAAGCUCGUGCAGGACGUUUACCAAAUAUGCCAGCUAUGACUCAAAAUGUAAACAUGCUCAGUGUUGAAGACAUAGAAAAGUUUCAGGUUGGUGGUCGAACUUAACUGCUGAAGUAUAUCAUAAGAAAAAAAACAAAAAAAUGUAUUAAAAUUAAAAAUGAUUUAAAAAAAAAAUUGUUAUUCCUUAUAAAUAUAAGUCCUUCUCCAAGUCUCAUUUUCUUUCUUUAUCUUUUAUUGUUUAAAAAAAUGAGGUUUUAUAGUUUAUCUAAGCAAUGGUUUUGUUUUUCUGGCUGACCUUAAAUUUUUCCUCUUUUAAGCAAUAUAGAAUCUUUAAAUUUUCUUUAUGCAUGUUUUAAACAAAAAAUUAACCAAUAUUUUUUGAAAAAUAAUGAUUUUAUUCUGAUGAUCAUGAAACGUAUGUAUAUUUUAUAAUACAUUAUAAUUAUAAUUUCUUCAAAUUUUGAUCUUUAGUGUAUAAAAAUUUACUUUAAUUAUCUUUAAAAAUAAUGUGUAAAUAAGUACUAAGAAUAACUUUCUUUAGUGCAAUUUGUCUGUGAUGUUAGAAGUUGUAUUUGUAAGUUCAAUAAAUCUUCAUUGUAUUACUAGAAUAAAUAAUUAUGAGCCAUAGUGGCGUGUAUGUAUGCAAAAUAAAAUAUUGUAAUUAUUAAACUAA